AGGGGUGGGCUCUCGUUGUGAAAACGUCUGUCCUCCUCCCGAACACUGGCUACGUGGAUUGAGGCCCUGCUUCAAGGACGUGGUCACGCAUCGCUCAUUUGUGGGAAGUAGAGAGUAAUUUCUUUCCUCUGCACUUCCACAUGGCCUUUACUUGUUUUGUUUAGUUUUCCCUUUCCCCCCUCCCUUUUCUCCUUUCCCUUUUUUUUUCCCUUUAAAUUGUUAAUUGUUUAGUUAAAUUGUUUAGUUAAAUUGUUUAAUUAAUAGUAAUCUUUCCUUAAUAAUUAUUUCUUUUUUUUUCCUUUAAUUAAAUCAUCCUUAUCUCAACCCAUGAGUUGUUCUUUCCUUUACUUCUUCCCCUCCUCAUCUAAUAGGGUUAGGAGUGAGAGAGCGGUUGUGGUGUUCAGCUGCCUAGCACGGUAAAACCACCACACCAGGCCAUGCUGUGCUUGGGGAUUUUCCCUACACUGUGUGGUGGUUUUACCCAGCUGGGCAGCUGAACUCCACCAUGACCACUCUCUCACUCGCCCUCCUCAAACAGAAAGGGGGAGAAAAUACGAUAAAACGGGCUCAAGGGUUGAGGUAAGGACAAGGAGACCACUCAACAAUUAUCAUCACGGGCAAAACAGACUCAGCAUAGGGAGAUUAAUAUAAUUUAUUACCUAUUAAAACGGGCUAGAGCAGUGAGAUACUAAAAGCAAACUAAAAUCACCUUCCCCCUUCCACCCUCUUCUACAUCCACCCUGCCCCCAAGUGGCUCAGGGGAACACGGAGUGGGGGCUACGGGAUGAGGUUUAACAAGGCCAAGUGCCAGGUCUUGCACUUUGGCCACAAUAACCCCAUGCAGUGCUAUAGGCUUGGGGCAGAGUGGCUAGAAGACAGUGAAGAGGAAAGGGACCUGGGAGCGUUGAUCGAUGCUCGGCUGAACAUGAGCCGGCAGUGUGCUCAGGUGGCCAAGAAGGCCAAUGGCAUCCUGGCCUGUAUUAGAAAUAGUGUAGCCAGCAGGAGCAGGGAGGCGAUCAUCCCCCCUGUAUUCAGCUUUGGUGAGGCCGCACCUCGAGUACUGUGUUGAGUUUUGGGACCCUCAGUACAAGAAGGACAUUGAGGCUCUGGAUCGUGUCCAGAGAAGGGCAACAAAACUCUUCUACACCCACCCUCCCCUCAAGUGGCUCAGGGGAACAUGGAGUGGGGGCUGCAGUCAGUCCUUAACGCUUCACCUCCUACGCUCCUACAUGGUCACUCUCUGCCCCUGCUCCAAUGAGGGGUCCCUCCCACGGGAUGCUGUCCUUCCUGAACUGAUCCUGCGUGGGCUUCCCAUAGGCUGCAUCUUUUCAAGAACUGCUCCAAUACAGAUCCAUACCACGGGGUCCACGAAGCAAGACGGGUGCCCCACGGGCAGCAGCUCCCGCAAGAUCACCAGCUCCUGUGUGGGCUCCUCUCCACGGGCUGCAGCUCCAGCCUGGAGUCUGCACCAACUGGGGCUCUCUAUAGGCCACAGCCUCCUUCAGGCCACAUCCACCUGCUCCACUGUGGGCUCCUGCACGGGCUGCAGUGUGGAGAUCUGCUCUGCCAUGGUACACCCUGGGCUGCAUGAGGAAAACCUGCUCCAACCUCCUCUCAAGCCUGUCCAGGUCCCUCUGGGUGGCAUCCCCUCCCUCCAGCGUGUCGACCGCACCACACAGCUUGGUGUCAUCAGCAAACGCGCUGAGGGUGCACUCCAUCCCACUGUCCUUGUCAACGACAAAGAUGUUAAACAGCACCGGUCCCAAAAACGACCCCUGAGGAGGGCCGCUCGUCACUGGUCUCCACCUGGAUAUCGAGCCGUUGACCGCAACUCUUUGAGUGUGACCAGCCAGCCAGUUCCUUACCCACCAAGUGGUCCAUCCAUCAAAUCCAUGUCUCUCCAAUUUAGAGACAAGGAUGUUGUACAGGACAGUAUCAAAUGCUUUGCACACACCCAAGUAGACGACAUCAGUUGCUCUUCCCCUAUGCACCGAGGCUGUAACCCCAUCGUAGAAGGCCACCAGAUUUGCCAGGCAGUUGGAACUGCCCCAGGCCGCCACUGUUGCUCAAAUAUGAUGGACAGUGGCUUAACAACGUUAUCCACCAGCUCCCUCAGGACCCACGGAUGCCUCUCAUCUGGUCCCAUGGACUUGUGCACCUUCAGGUUCCUUAGAUGGUCUCGCACAUGAUCUUCUCCUACAGUGGGCGGCUCUUCAUCCUCCCAGACCCUGCCUUUGCCUUCUGCAACUUGGGCUGUGUGGCUAGAGCACUAAGGGCCAAUGUAACAGGCAAUCUGAACUAGGGAGGGGAGAAGUAGCCAGCAGUUCUGCUCCUUGAUGAAGUCACAGAAUCACAGAAUCACAGAACUGAAGGGGUUGGAAGGGACCUCGAAAGACCAUCGGGUCCAACCCCCCCGCCAAAGCAGGUUCCUUAGAGCAGGCUGCCCAGGUAGGCCUCCAGACGGGCCUUGAAUAUCUCCAGAGAAGGAGACUCCACAACCUCCCUGGGCAGCCUGGUCCAGUGCUCCGUCACCCUCACUGCGAAGAAGUUCUUUUGCAUGUUGGUGUGGAACUUCCUGUGCUCUAUCUUGUGGCCAUUGCCCCUUGUCCUGUCCCCACAAACCACUGAAAAGAGGUUGGCCAAAUCCCUCUGUCUCCCACACCUCAGGUAUUUAUACACUUUGAUGAGAUCCCCUCUCAGUCUUCUUUUCUCCAGGCUGAACAGACCCAGGUCUCUCAGCCUUUCUUCAUAGGGAAGAUGCUCCAGGCCCCGUAUCAUCUUUGUGGCCCUCCGCUGGACUCUUUCCAGGAGAUCCCUGUCUUUUUUGUACCGGGGAGCCCAGAACUGGACACAGUACUCCAGGCGAGGCCUGACCAGGGCAGAGUAGAGGGGGAGGAUCACCUCCCAUGACCUGCUGGCCACGCUCCUUUAAAUGCAUGCCAGAAUCCCAUUGGCCCUCUUGGCCACGAGGGCACACUGCUGGCCCAUGGUCAACCUGUUGUCCACUAGGACCCCCAGGUCCUUCUCAGAGCUCCUCUCCAGAAGGUCGUCCCCCAGCCUGUACUGAUACGUCCGGUUGUUCCUUCCCAGGUGCAGGACGCUACGCUUGCUCUUAUUAAACCUCAUUUGGUUUCUUCCUGCCCAUCUUUCUAGCUUGUCCAGGUCUCGCUAAAUGGCAGCACAGCCUUCUGGCGUCUCAGCCACUCCUCCCAGCUUUGUGUCAUCGGCGUACUUGCUGAGGGCAGACACUAUUCCCUCAUCAAGGUCGUCAAUGAAGAUGUUGAACGAGACCAGACCCAGCACCGACCCCUGGGGAACACCGCUAGUCACAGGUCUCCAGCCGGACUCUGUGCCGCCGAUCACCACCCUCUGAGCUCGGCCAGUCAGCCAGUUCUCAACCCACCUUACUGUCCACUCCUCUAUCCCACACUUCCUCACCUUCGCUGUCAGGAUGUCAUGGGAGACAGAAUUGAAAGCCUUGCUGAAGUCAAGGUAGAUGACAUCCACUGCUCUCCCCCCAUCUACCAGCUGGUGAUGCCAUCAUAGAAGGCAACGAGGUUGGUCGAGCACGACUUCCCCUUGGUGAAUCCAUGCUGACUACUCCUCAUAACAUUCUUCUCUUCCAAUUGCUUGGAGAUGGCAUCCAGAACAAACUGUUCCAACACCUUUCCAGGGACAGAGCUCCAGCACAGAUGGCAACUUGGAGAAAGAGGCAGUGGGCUGCUGGACCUCCCACUCGGAGUCAAAAUCCCUCUAGUGCCUGGCACCAAGCCUGUCUUCUGCAGGACAAAGCUGGGGGAAAAGCUUCACCAGCCUUCUGCUCAAUUUCAUCUGGGAGAUCCAUAUUGCCGCCUACUGCGCACAGAGUACAACUGCCUGCACGACCCGCAUCUGCAGGCCUACUACAAUCGCAAAGACAACCUGCAGAACCUGAAGAGCAAGGGCUACGUCACCAGUGAUGGCAAAGUGGUCUGCACUCUGAAGGAGUUCAAUGAGUACAGGCAGUAUCUGACCACACUCAAGCUGGAGGCUGAGAAAACCAGGAGGAAAGAAGAGGAAAAGCUUCAGCAAGAGCUCUCCAAGUUAAAGAAACUUGACCCCAGCCUGACGGCAGGGAUUGACAGUUCUUGCCAGAGCUCCUCCAGUAAUGUGUACUUGGUCAUGGGACAGAAAGCCAGCCUACUGGAGCCUAAAAAACCAGCUGGCCCGCCUUCCUGCAAAAGCAGAAGAAACCCUCUCCAAUCUGGCCAGUACAGAAGGCUGAAAGCAGCUCCCUCCGGACUUGAGUUGGGCAGGGAAGAUGCCAAGCUCCCUGGGAGCAUCCAUACUGUGACUGAGUCAGAGAGAAAGUCACCUGUCCCCGCAGACGGUGUAUUCAAAGCUGCCUUGGAAGAACAGGCUGCUAGAGAAAGCCAGAGGAUUGAAGAGGUGGCUCGGACUGUGGUGCGGCAAGUGUUUGAGAGGGUGCAGGCACUGGACCAGUCUGCCCGCGUCUUAAAGAGGGCUCCCCAUAAGAGCCGAGAAAGACUGUGUGGAAGUGCCAAAAGCGCAGAGCCUUCAGAGACAUCUCCUCUUGAUAAAGAGCAGGAAAUUGCACUGCUGGCUAAGAAGGUUGUGGCGAGUGUGAUGAAGCUCUUUGAGAAGUUCUGGGAAUCCGGCAUGCCCAGUGCAUCUGAGCCAAGGCCAGCAGCCAGGCAGAAGGAGCAGCCCGUCGCCAGGAGAGCCUUCCAAGUGGGGAAGUUGGAAGAAAAGAAAUCGAGGGAAGCCUUUGAGGAAGAAUCCUCGCAGGCUUCCCUUGACAAAGUCACCAGAGAAGCUGUUGGAAGUGUCUGCGACACUUUGGAAUCCUUUGUAGCUUCCCGGUUUGAGCAAGACUUCAACUGCAAAUAUUCUGAAAUCGUGGCGCUUCCCACUGUCAACCUCUCUAACAGGAAGCCACAGCCAUCCCAGGUGUGUCUCUCAAGACAGGGCAUGAGGGAAGGGCAGGGACUACCAAGAGCAUCAGAAGAGCAGAGCCCAGAAGCAAGGCAGAGAGAAAAGUUGCCCAUGAUCCGACCAGCGCCAGACACUGCUGAGAUCUCACGACUGAGUCACAGGAUUGUGAGGGAGAGCAUCCAAAAGGCUGUCUCCGAAGUUCAGCGGCUGCACACAGAACUGCAGGUCUAUGCCAGAACCAUUGUCCUUAGCGUGGUUGAAAAAGCGAAGGACAAGUUGGAGCGGGAAAUGAAAGCAAAGGCCUUAGACACCACUUCAAACAGCAAAACGGUGGCAAGUGGGAUGACGCGCUCUGUAUCAGAGCAGAGCUCUCAGCCUGGGACUGCACGGAAGCUGGAGAAGAACUUGGGAAGGCGUGUCACCAAACAGCCUGUGCCAAGCAAAGGGAAGGAGAGCUGUCCCUUGGAGCACCUCCAAAGAUCACCUGAUCUCCUCCAAGCUGUCCAGCGAGGCUCUGAGCAAGGUGCCCCCACAGCAGGCUCUUCUGCCCCCCUAGGGGAAUCCCACAGUCUGCGGAGGUCAGAGAGCACCACAGGCACCAUCCCUUCCAUGGGCCCGCAGUUUGUCAGGCAGCCCGUUCCUCCAUCUGUUCCAAAGCACCCUGUCCAGAGAGGAGCGCGGUGCCUACGUGUGCGUGUCAAGCCUGUCCCAUUCAAGCCUCAGUAGCCUGAGGCGGAAGCAGAGAAUAAAGAGUUUACAUCC